GAACUGUCCCCAUCAUGGCAGGACUGUGUGACCUUUGAGGACGUGACCAUUUACUUCUCCCAGGAGGAGUGGGGACUCCUCGAUGAGGCUCAGAGACUCCUGUACUGCGAUGUGAUGCUUGAGAACUUUGCACUUAUAGCCUCUCUGGGUCUUACAUCUUUCAGGUCCCACAUAGUUGCCCAGCUGGAGAUGGGGGCAGAGCCCUGGGUGCCUGACAGAAUGGACAUGACUUCAGCCAUGGCAAGAGGGGCAUAUAAUGGACCUGGCUCUGAUGUUUGUCAUGGAACAGAGGAUGAGAAAUCACCUUCUGAGCAUAGUGUUUCUGUAGAAGGAGUGUCACGGGACAGGAAUCCCAAGGCAGCUCUCUCCACCCAGAAGGACUACCCCUGUGACAUGUGUGACCUACACUUGAAAGACAUUUUGCACCUGGCUGAACACCAGGCAACACAUCCCAGGCAGAAACCAUAUGUAUGUGAGGCAAAUGGGAGAAAGAUUGAGUUCAGUGCAUACCUUCACCAGCAAAAGAUGCAGCAGGUAGACAAGUCUGUCAUAAGGGAGGGGGAUAGGGCCUCACUUGUGAAGAGCUGCGGAGAUGAGACAUCUGAGAAACCUUUCACAUUCAGAGAGGGUGGGAAGGACUUCGUGGCCAGAUCUGGUUUUCUCCAGUAUCAGGUCACUCACAGUAAGGAGAAGCCACAUCAGGGCACCAAAGGUGUGGGGGAUUUUCAUACUGUCCAAAGCCAUAACAGGCGCAAUGAAUUUGGGAAUGCUUUCAAUGACAAGCCCACAGUUGCUCAGCACCAGAAAACCCACACUGGAGAAAGGCCUUAUGAGUGCAGCAAAUGUGGGAUAUUCUUUAGCCACACCACUGGCCUCUUUCAACACCAGAGAGAUCACAAUAGAGGAAAGCCAUAUGAGUGCUGUGAAUGUGGGAAAUUUUUUAGCCAACACUCCAGUCUCAUUAAACAUCAGAGAGUUCACACUGGUGAAAGCCCUCAUGUAUGCAACGAAUGUGGGAAAUUCUUUAGCCGAAGCUCUAAUCUCAUUCAACAUAAGAGGGUUCACACUGGAGAAAAGCCUUAUGAGUGUAAUGAAUGUGGAAAAUUCUUCAGCCAACGCUCCAACCUCAUUCAUCAUAAGAGAGUUCAUACAGGUAAAAGUGCUCAUGAGUGCAGUGAAUGUGGGAAAUCUUUCAACUGCAACUCUAGCCUAAUUAAACAUUGGAGAGUUCACACUGGAGAGAGACCUUAUAAAUGCAAUGAAUGUGGGAAAUUCUUUAGCCAUAUCGCCAGUCUCAUUCAACAUCAAAUAGUUCACACUGGUGAACGGCCUUAUGGGUGCAGUGAGUGUGGGAAAGCCUUCAGCCGAAGCUCUGACCUCAUGAAACAUCAGAGAGUCCACACUGGUGAGCGGCCUUAUCGGUGCCCUGAAUGUGGGAAAUCGUUCAGCCAAAGCUCCAGUCUCAAUAACCAUCGGAGACUUCACACUGGUGAACGGCCUUAUCAGUGCCCUGAAUGUGGGAAAUUCUUUAACCAAAGCUCCAGCCUCAGUAACCAUCGGAGACUUCACACUGGUGAGCGGCCUUAUGAAUGCUUUGAAUGUGGAAAAACCUUCAGACAAAGGUCUAAUCUGAGACAGCACCAGAAAGUUCACAAACCAGAUAGGCCAUAUAAGUGCAGUGAUUGUGAAAAAGCCUUCAGCCAAAGGCCUUCCCUCACUCGGCAUCAGAAAAUUCACAUUAGAGAAAGGAGUGCAGAGAAUGUGCUCCCUCCUUCAGCACAACACACACUAGAGAUAAGCUCUUAUGAGGGAACCAUCAGCCAGAAGUUGAACAUUGUUCAUCCAGAUAUUCACACUGGGGAGAUUCCCUACAGAUGCUAGAUAAUGCUGGAAGCUUUCUAAAGCUAAGUUGUAUGUCUGACCAUGGACUUGUGGAAGAAGCCAUCUCAGCUCUACCCACUGGCAGGUCUCGAGUGUGUGUCAGCCACUCCUUGUGGGAAGGCAGACCUCUGUUCUCUCUUUCUAAGAGGGAAUCAGGAGUAGCCUGUGGCUAAUAAGAAUGCCUCAUUCCCUUCCAUUGUGACUGGUGUAGCUGUUCACAUGACCCAUCUUUGGCCAUGUGUAGACCUGAGCUGUAUUUUGCUGGCAGCUUGCUGAGAAGGUUUCCCUUUUUCAAGGACAUUGUUGAUCUCAUAAUACCCGUGAUGAAUUUAUCCGGCGUCCACAUUACCCUUUACAACAACUACCUACUUUACAUUGGUUUGGGUGAUAAUAAGGGUCUUAUUGAUAAAGCCACCUUUAAUCUUCUGUAUUCUGGUCACUGUGUGGGAUGGGUUAAGAACAAAAUUAAGGUCUACCAAAUUAAAGGGGUCUCCAAAUUUAUUGUCUCAGAGGGACAAUCCUGUUCAGCAGGAUGGCAGAGAACAGCUCUCAGUCCAGAUUUGGCCUCAUUUGUAUCGAUAUUCAAGGCCUCCUAGGGAAAAUGUAGGGCUUUGGGGGCCUAAUGUCUGAAUGGCAUGAAUUUUUGUGGACCAGAGAUUACCCUGAGGAAGGGGCAAUUGUGACAAACUCCAAUACAUAGAGAGUAGCAUGAAUUAUGCCCCUCGUUUCCAGGGGAUGCCUCAUAUUUUCUAGCACUGUUGAACAGACACAGUUUACCUAUCACUUGCCAAGGAGCCAUGUACCUUUAAGCCUAACAUGUGGUAUACAGGCGUCUCUGACUGUAAGACUUACUAGGCCCAGUGGGACCAUAAUUUGUACAGAAGCACUGGGGGUAAUAAUGGAGUAGGUGACAUUGCAGCAAACUAGAGGGAAUGUACCUGUUUUAAAAGUGCAUCCACAAAUGUUCCCUUGAAUCUGACUAUGCUGGAUUCAGGCUUUGCAGAAAUUCUCAAGACCUCUGUCCUAUGACUAAGGUCACUGGCAGAGCAAAUAAUCUAAAAGGUUUUGUGGAUUACUUUAGGCUCACUGCACUAUUUAUCUCGAGAUCAUUCCUGCAUUGGCAGAAAAAUGGGGACUGAGAGGAGAUAGAUCCUGUACUCCAGGGGUGUAGCAUUUGUGACAUAGCCAUUUUUGCUGCCAAGGCAAGGAGAGAGAGUCAAUACAGGGUUGCCAAAUCUUUCUGUUUUCUAAAAUGAAUAGAGAUCAGGUUUUUAUGUGCAACAAUUUCUUUUAAUGAUUUGUUGAGAUACAAUUGUCAGGCAGUAAUUGACUGUACAUAUUUGAUGUGUACAAUUUCAUAAAUUUUAAAGUAUAUAUACACUCAGGGAACCAGUACUAUAAUGAUAAUAAACCUAUCCAUCACCCACAAAGCUACCUUGUGCCUCUGCCUUCCCCAGGAAACCAUUAGCCACAUCCCAAGGAAUUUAUUGAUUUUUUUUUUCCAUAUAGAUCUGUUUGUCUUCCAUCAAAGUUUAUACAAUUGGAAUCAUAAAGUAUUUAUACUGUUUUUCGUCUAUUUUCUUUUAUACAGGAUAAUUAUCUUGACAAGAUCCUUGCUGUGUGUAUGGGUAGUUCAUUCCUUUUACUGCUGAGUAGUGCACUGUAGAAUGAAUCCACCACAAUUUGUUUAUGCUUUAUGUUGUAAAUUAAAAUUCUGGUAAAAUAUA